CCGAUCAAGCGAUUCUGAAAAAGUUCGCUUGUGCUGGCUGCACAAGCAGCUGCAGCCGCAGUGCUGCAUCAGCAAUCUCAACCGAACGGCUUAAGACUGCAUGGUUCGCUCGUGGUGCAAGGAGAUCGCAGCUGUGGUGCCUCGGGACCGAUGGUCAUCGAGCAUGUAGGCGGCAGCGUUCAGACCCAAGCGUCCAAAAGCAGGAAGAAUACCGGAGCCGAGAAAGAAGAAGCAGCGUUCAUGGCGGCGUCGAUUGGAUUAGAGCUGCAGAGAGGGAUCAAAGAGGAAGAAUGGGGAAGUUCUCCAUGAUCGAUGGGCAUGGGCCUGGGUUUGUAGUUGGAAAGAAUGGCCAAGUGUGCGAUAGGAGUCUACCAUGUUGGUAGCAAGGAGUUUUCACGAUCUGUGACGUCUACUGGAUUUUGAAGGUUCCGGAGCAGCAGCAGCGGCGGCGGGGGCAGGGCGAGCUGCCGCGCGGCGGCGCGCCACUGCGGGCAUACGGCGGCGAAGCGGGAGCGGUCUGCGUUGGCCAGGAGGCUAACCUACCAGAGAUCGCCGCGGCGCGGCCUCACCGAGGUGAGCUUCGUCUCGUCGUCUUCCUCCUCCAGUCAUCCUCGCCCCCGGCGGGGAGUCGCCGACGGUUGUGCGGUGCUGGAGGCGGCGGGGCGAACGCAGAGAGCAACGGAGCCGGCGCUGGGUACGUUCGGUUGACGGAUGCCAGCGCAGAUGCACGACGACGGGGGCCAGCGGUGGUCGGCGGCGGCGGCGCGGCCUCACCAGUCGUCGUGUCCUUUUUUCCCCGAGAACCCCCUUGAUUUGGAGAUCCGAUAUUUUACGAAUAACUUCCUAAAUUCGAUCGUGAUUAUUAACCGCGAUCCGAUCUUUUACAAAUACACUCCUAAUUUCUAAUUUGGAUCAUGACUAUUAAUCGCAAUCCGAUUUUUUGCGAUCCGAUUUUUUACAUGUAGCACCCUAAGUAUUUACAGAAAAGUCCUCCCCUGUACGGCAGCUCCCGGUCGCUCUCCCCUCCCCUCGCGGAUCCGCCGGCGCGGAGGGCGGCCGCACCUUCCGUCCCACCCAUCCGGUUCCUCCCGCCGCAAACCCAGUUACCCAAGCACUUCCUUUCGCCUUUCCAGUCCAAAGGAGAUUCGCCCUCCAGCAGCAUCCUCGGCCGUGGCUGCGUCGAUGCGGGAACGGCUGCCCGUGCGCAAGCAGAGGCGGCGGAGGACGAGCCAGAGGCAUGCUUCGACAGUGAAGGAGAGAGGAGGCGGCGGCCGGUUGAUUGGGUGGCGCUGUGCCUAUGAUUUCAUCGCUCUGAUGAUUUCCAGCUGGAGCAGCUGUUCAAGAUCUUCAGCUGUUCAAGAUGAAGCUGUCCCCAACGUUAAAGUCCCCCAAGGCGUAAUGCCCACGACGUCCGAGAGGUUCCGCUACCAGCCGGCGCCGGUGGUCGGCCUGCUCACCACGCUCCUCGCGCUCGACCCCGCCGGGCAGGCCCUGCAGAGCAGCUUCUUCAGCACCUGGCCGGCACAAAUCAACGGUACGUAGAGGCCCAAGGUUAACAAUGGCAGCAGCAAGUAGGGAUGAGCACACAACUAACUUGUACACCGACAUCUCAGCGUCCAUGUCUAGAGAUUCUUGGUGUAUAUCUUCCUCCAGGGUGACAGGGACAAUUUUCUCAGGCUCGUCGAUGGGGCAGAGACAAGAUAGUUUAGGCAUUGUCAAGGUGACCUUGGAGAAAGGGUUCUUCAAGGAGUAGGUGCGCCAUCACAUAAGAAGACAAGCCACUCGCCGGAGGAGCUGUGACAGCCCACACUGUCGGGGAACUGGAAGGAUUCACUGUGGGGUAAGCUGAAAAAGGUACCAUCAGGGAACGCUAAACAUGGCACAGGCGGGGGCAGGCAAUGUUGCGUGGUGGAGAAGCUCCAGUGGCGGCAUACAGCCCCAAAGCGGACACGGUCAGAGUAGGCAGGAAGGCGGCUGAGAACCAGGCCUGUUCGGUUGUGCUUCUUUUAAGCCACUGCAAGCUGUGGCUGUUUUGCAGCUAAAGUCAGCAAGCAGCAGCUCAGCUACUUGGGCUUGCAGCUGCAGCUCAGCAGAUCUGAUCAGGAUUGGGGUUGCUCUGCACGUGUCAUCUUGAGAAAAGGAAUCGGCUCCAGGAAAAAAAAACAAUAACUGUGAACUGCAGAACCAAAUUGCAUCCUUGUAUCACUGUAAACAUAAUUAAGGAAUACAACAACGGCAAAUGGAUACAAAGGCUGUACUAUAAAUACAUAUCGUUUGCUUGUAUC